UGGUGCAACUCUCUGAUUGGUGUAAUUUUAAAAUCACGUGAUAUCACAUAUUACUGACGUUUACUUUACGUCACUAAUUCAUGAGUAGGUGCGUCUCGGUUUAUGCGAUUUGGUACGAUUGGUGGUCCGCUUCGCGGACUUGCCCGGGCAUGUUCGAGUGCCGGCCGGCGUUUGUCAGCUGCGUCGGCUGCUUCGCGUCGCUGAUGCAACGGCGCGAUGACUCACAUUCAGCAUUGGGGAGGCGAAUGCGGUGUUCUAGAUGAAGAGGUUUUCGGGCUUUCAGCGCCCAGCGACGUUUGGCAGGAACUAAACAACGCUAUUUUCUGGCCCCCAAAUGUGUGCGAGGAGUUGCCCCAUGAAGACGCUGUUAUGCAACUGUUCGACGUUGCGCCAAGGACCACGGCUCCAAAUACAUCUAGCGUUAACCAAUGUGUAAAUGAAUGGCCCGGUGACUUCGGAUUCAGCGCCGUAAUCGCGUGUACACCGAAAGCCGGGAAGAACGUGAACUGGACGUACUCCGAGCAGCUUCGCAAGCUCUACGCUGUCGUGAACGCUCCGUGCCCCAUUAGGUUCGUCACCGAGCACGCCCCGCCUGAAGGUUCGUUUGUCUGUGCUGUCGCUGUUUUUCGGGAGUCCGAGUCCCGGCGAGAAAAUGUAUUGCGGUGCCCGGCGCAUCGCACGCCGGCAAACGCACUCGGCGCCGGCUCCCGCGCGGAUCAGUGGUUCCACUGCGAUCACCCCCAGGCUCAAAACUGCUGCGACGAUGCCAACGGUGGACGUCACUGCGUUCGGCUGCCGUUAGGACCGGAGCCUUUCAGCCUGACGUUUGGCUGCCGCAACAGCUGUCCGGGCGGAUUGCGACGGAGAGCCACUGAAGUAGUGUUCCUGCUGCAGUCACCCGAGGGCCAGGACUUGGCACGCAGCGUCGUACAGGUGAAGGUUUGCGCCUGUCCAGGCCGCGAUCGAAGACACGAUGAGCAAGGCGGAGAACGUGAACGCGCAGCGCUGGUGGCCCGCGCUGCCUUGCCGUCAACGAGCAUGCAUCGAGACGCCGACGGUACCGACGGAUCCAGCUCUGACAGCGGAGGCGAAGGCCGUGGCGGUACUUUCAUACUACGUGUGAAAGAUCGAGACGUGUACAAGUUCUUGUACCAUGUUCACCAGUCUCUCGAGGGCACACAUGCAGCGACUACAUCGAGCCUGAGGACUCGGCAAAAUCCAUCUUCAGAAUCUGAUGAUUAGCCAGACGAGUGAAUUGCGUCAUUUAAUAGCCAUUACAUGUGUGCUAGAAACCUAGGUACAAUUGUGAGUCACUUUCUGUACUAUGACUACCGAGUGACGCCUACACCCACACUGAAAUCCCAUUUCUAAUGCAUUCGGUCCAGUCAUGAUAUAUUUUAAAUGACCAGCUAGUAGAAAAGCUCUCUGCUUGGCACAUGCCAAGGUUACAUAACCCCAUUUUAUUUAAAACUAUGUGGUGCGUGUACUAUUAGCUAGGUGAAACAAUGGAGCUUAGCUUUUUGCAAGAAACUGCCUUUUUUUCUUUCUUUCUUUCUUUUUUCACAGCAGUGAAAUACAACCUGUGAUUGAGUGGUGGACUGUGCAGUGGCGAGUGUGUGUGUGACCACCACAGUGUGCCACUAAGUUCUGGGUUGAGCAGCAAGGCCUUAAUAAAGAUCGCUGUUUUCAAAGGGAAUGAUUAUAAUAAGUGAGGUUAUUUAAUCAGGUUGCCAUAAUUUUGUGCCAUCCAAUGAGGUGACUACUUCCACAGUUGUUUGUCACUUGUGUCCGGUUCUUGCAUCCAGUACAUUGGUACUCUAAAGAAAAUUCCUGAACUGAUGAUGCCUUCAAGUGUAAUUGCAAGUGCAAGUUUGAAGUUAGUCACCAAAUCUUACCUUAAAAGAGUAUCAUUUUUAAAGUAGUCUUUACCAAAUACCAUUUCAUCAAGUCACAUUCAUACUAUGUCUUGAUCAGCUGUCACAGCUGCGGGAACACACCUGCAUCUGCAAGGGAGUGUUACAAUUCAUAGUAUGAUUAUAAGUAGAUAUGUAUAGAAUGAAUGGAAGUGUGUGUAUGUUGUGUGCCUGUGUGUGUGGUAUAUCAAUACCUUGGUUUUAAGAGCUUCAUUGCUCUAAAUAUGAAAUUCAAUAUUUGUAUUUGAAUAUGAACUCGAACGUUUUAGUUUGAGCACAUUUUUGAACAUAAAGAACCAUGUAGUCUUUGAAGUGAGAGCCAUUUGUUACUAUAUCGGGAAAAAAAGGUUGGGUUGUAUGGAUUGUGCUGUCGGCACUCCAAUUUCCACCAGUGCCUUUGUUCCAGCAUAUUUUGUAUGCCUGUUUUGGCUAGGACUGUAGUGCCUUAUUUAAAGAUGUUGCAGUGCCGCAAUUUUUAUAUUUCAUAGUUUGAUGCAACCUUAUGCAUGACCACUGUCAUACAUUAAUUUUAUAUAUGCGCUGUCAUUGCCAUUUUACAAGUUACAUAUCUGUGAUAGUGUGAUAACCUCAUGACAUCGCCAUCUUGGUGCAAUAUUGCACAUCAUUGAUUGAAAUGCUGUCUUGUGAGUGUGCUUAUUCUUUCUGUACUUUGUUAUUUGUCUUUAAUCGACUCUUUCUUUCACAACUUGGUACUUUAAUUCUCUUAUUGUGAUGUGUGAUAAGUUAUUGUGACCAGUUUUACCAUCAUUGCCUUUUUAUCAAGUUAUUGCAGUGCAUGGUAAGAUCUUGUCACUUCCCCAAUGAAUGUAUGUCCUUUGGUCCUCUUCUGGAAAACUAAUAAUAAAAAAAAAUGCAAGCCAUUGAAAGAAUUGACAAA